AUGAUCUCAUGGUCAAUAGAGUUGUCAGAAUACGACAUCAUCUAUGAACCGCGACAGGCAAUUAAAGCCCAGGUACUAGAAGACUUCUUGGUUGAAAUGACACACUUACAUGAGGCAGAGGACAGUGUCGAUUGGGUCAUUUACGUUGACGGAUCUUCCAAUAUCAAGGGGAGUGGUGCAGGAGUAAUAGUGGAAAGCCCUCAAGGUAUUACAGUGGAACACUCUAUCCAUUUUGGAUUCAAAGCUUCAAACAACCAAGCUGAGUACGAAGCAGUCCUCGCAGGACUCGCCAUGGCCAAAGACUUGGGGGAAACAAACAUAACCCUCAAGAGCGAUUCACAAUUAGUAAUUGCUCAAGUUCAAGGAAGCUACCAGGCCAAAGAGGCAUUAAUGAUAAAAUAUUUGGAAAAAGUAAGAUUACUACUCACAGAAUUUCAAAGCUUCAAAGUGGAACACAUCCCCAGAGAGCAAAAUUCACGGGCUGACAUUUUAUCCAAGUUAGCUAGCACAAAAGGACCAGGAAACAACAGAACGGUGAUCCAACAAAGCGUCCCUAAUCCUAGCAUCAUAAUGGCUGUAACCAAACGAAAUGCUCAACCAUCCCCAAGCACGCAAUCCAUGGUUGAGGAUGACACUAUGCCGCUGGAUGAUAAAGAAACUUGGAUGACACCAAUCUGGAAUUAUUUAUCCAAAGGAGAAGCACCACAAGAAACGCGCGCAGCUAAAAAACUAGCGCGCAAGGCUUCGUUCUACACUAUCAUCAACAAACAACUUUACAAGAAAGGGUUUUCCUCUCCAAUGCUUAAAUGUUUAGAUCCUCAGCAAGCUCAGUAUGUAAUAUCUGAGGUACACGAGGGAAUUGACGGACAUCACAUGGAAGGGAAAUCCUUAUCUCGAAAACAGCUUCGCGUAGGCUAUUUUUGGCCAACUAUGGAAGAGGACUCUAAAAAACAGGUGCGGCAAUGUGUCAAAUGUCAGGAGCAUGCAGACUUAGAUCAUGCUCCCCCUGAGAAAUUAUCUUCAAUGAUGUCCCCAUGGCCGCUCUACCAAUGGGGCAUGGACAUAUUGGGCUCACUCCCAGUGGCUGUGGGAGGGAUGAAAUGGUUGCUGGUAGCAAUCGACUACUUCUCCAAGUGGAUCGAGGCAGAAGCGUUAGCCACAAUAUCAGCCAACAAGGUUCGCCGAUUCUUCUACAGACAAAUCAUAAGUCAGUUCGGCGUUCCACAUACCAUUAUUGUAAUUCUUUGGAAGUAG